AUGCCAGCCUACACGCCGCUCCCAACGAGCGCGACAGACCCGCCGCCGCGCCGCUCCUCACCGUCAUCCUCCAACGUCCUCACGAACCUCCUUGACCGCCUCCCCGCCCCAGUCCAGCAGUUCCUCGAAUCGCGCCCGCUCAAGACUCGACCAGUCCGACUUGGCGUCGCCGUCCUAGCUGGUUUCUUGGUGCUUUCGCUGCUCGGGACUGCGCUGCAUUCACGCAGCAGCGGAGGGUCGGUUCGAGGGUAUCCUCUGGCAGGGACCGAAGGACGGGGCAAAUGGGGCACGUAUGCGUCGUGGCUACCAGGCUUUGGCGGCUCAAGCUCGACAGCGGACGGGGGCGGAUCAUGGGAAGGCUACACAGGAAGUGGGGCGGGUUGGAGGGAGUUGCCUGAGAACGAGGGAUUGCGGGAACCGAUGCUCGUCAAGGACGAGAAGACGGGAAAGAUGAUGCCGCCCGAGGUGUACCCAGCGGCGCUGAAUCCGUUCAAGCGAGCGAAUGCCGCCUUCGUCGCCCUCGUCCGGAAUGGUGAGCGGGAAGCGAUGCGAGACUCGAUGCGCUCUGUCGAGUCCCGCUUCAACCGACGAUUCGGCUACCCUUGGGUCUUUCUGAACGACGAGCCAUUCGACGAGGAUUUCAAGGUAGGCGUGAUGAAGAUGACCCGCAGCGAGGUGUUCUUUGCCCAAAUACCCAAGGAGCACUGGAGCUAUCCCGAGUGGAUCAACCAGACGUACGCUGCCGACGAGCGGCAGAAGAUGGUCAACGAGAACGUCAUCUACGGCGGCUCUGAAUCGUACCGGCAUAUGUGCCGUUUCAACUCGGGCUUCUUCUUCAAGCAAAAGAUCCUCGAGUCGUUCGACUGGUACUGGCGAGUCGAGCCGGGCGUCGAGCUCUUCUGCGACAUCGACUACGACGUCUUCCACUUCAUGGAGGCGAACAACAAGGUCUACGGCUUCACGAUCGUCCUGUACGAAUACCUGCGAACCGUUGAGACGCUCUGGGACGCAACGCGCGAGUUUGCCCGCCUGCAUCCUGACUACAUUCACCCAGAGAACACGAUUCGAUUCCUCGUCGAUGACGAGAAGAAGGGCUUGCAGGACGGAGACUGGAAUCUUUGCCAUUUCUGGUCGAAUUUUGAGAUCGGCUCGCUCAAGUUCUGGCGCUCUCAGCCGUACGAGGACUACUUCAAAUUCCUCGACGGGAAAGGCGGCUUCUUCUAUGAGCGAUGGGGAGACGCGCCCGUCCACUCCUUCGCCGCCGCGCUCUUCUUGCCUCAAAGCGCGAUCCACAACUUCUACGAUAUAUCCUACCGACACAACCCGUACCAGACUUGCCCUCAGAACCGCAAGCUCUUCCACGACAACGGCAAGUGCGAGUGCUACCCCGAAAACUCGUUCGACACGGACGGCUACUCCUGCAUGCCACGAUGGUGGAAGGUCGACGGCAACCCACACGAGCUCUGA